AUGGAUGUCAUCGGUCCAAUAGAGCCAACCGCUUUUAACGGACAUAGAUUUAUUUUGGUUGUCAUUGACUACUUCACUAAUUGGGUGGAAGCAGCUUCGUACAAGUCGGACACCAAGAAAGUUGUAGCUGAUUUUGUUUGUAACAAUCUGAUAUGCAGGUUUGGAGUACCAAAGUCCAUUAUUACUAAUAAUGGUGCAAAUCUCAACAAUCUCUUGAUGAGAGAAAUAAGUGAGCAAUUUAAGAUUACUCAUCGAAACUCAACUGUUUAUCGCUCUCAAAUAAAUGGAGUUGUAGAGGCCGCCAAUAAGCACAUCAAGAAGAUUAUGAGGAAAAAGAUUUACAAUUACCAAGUCAUACCCGCUGAAGUAGAGAUACCGUCUUUGACAAUCAUCCAAGAAGCUUUGUUGAGUAAUGUUGAAUAG